AUGGGUUUCGAUCAGCACCAUGUCUCCCCAUCACAACAAACAACCUCUGCCAUAAAUAAUCUUACAUCAACUAUAGCAGCAAAUACUCUUGUUAAUAAUGAAUUAAUAACAAUUAAAAAAAGUGACUGGCUAGAACUUCUUGCAAUUAAAAAGUCUUGGGAAAAUGCUUCAUCGUCCCCCGCUAUAUCACAGGCAACUACCAAUUCAACUCCUGUACCAGAAAUUCAACCAAACCCACCUUAUCCCACUAUUAGCAGUGAUGAACAGGCAAAUGCGUCUGCAACUCCUACAAAUAAUUUAUUAAAUAUAAAGACGGCAUCAAAUAUGUCUCCAAAUAAUACCAAUAGAUCCUUAUCAACAAAUAACAAUUCAUCCACUGUAAAGAUUAAUGCAAAAAGUGAUCGGGAAAAUAAAAAAACGAUGAAUAAGUCAAAUGAUAAAGAGAAAGUGAAAGAAUCUAAAUCUAGCAAACGUGUUCGAAUAUUAGCCAAUAAAAGAGAUCAAAAUAUUUUAAAUACUUCUGCAAAUCGAUCACCUACCCGACAAGAUUUUUUAAAAGAUUCACGAAAGAAAAACUUUAAUGAUGGCGAAGAUAGUGAUUCACUUUUUAAAGUUCAUCCAUCUGAAGAUGAAAUGUCCACCAGUGAGGCUGGUGACUUCUAG